AUGAUUGUAUCUCUAUUUAACCGCGGCGCGUUGUCGCUCGCGGUUUUGUCGCUUCUCGCGUCAUCUGCUGCAGCUGAUGUGUUUGAGAGUUUGUCUGCUGUUCCUCAGGGAUGGAGAUAUUCUCGCAAACCGCGUGCUGAUCAGACCAUGAAGCUGCAGAUUGCUCUGGCACAGGGGGAUACUGCCGGAUUCGAACAGGCUGUGAUGGACAUGUCCACUCCUGAUCAUCCCAGCUAUGGAAAACACUUCAACACCCACGAGGAGAUGAAGCGUAUGCUGCAGCCCAGCGCCGAGUCCGCAAACUCGAUCCGUGACUGGCUCGAAAGCGCUGGUAUUACCAGAAUUGAACAAGAUGCAGACUGGAUGACCUUCUACACCACCGUGGAGACGGCAAAUAAGCUGCUGGCAGCCAAUUUCAAUUUCUAUGUCAACAGUGCCAAGCACACCGAGCGUCUUCGCACCCUCGAAUACUCCGUUCCGGAGGCUCUGGUGUCACACAUCAACAUGAUCCAGCCAACCACCCGCUUCGGCCAGAUGCGCGCCAACCGGGCCAUAUUGCAUACUCAGGUCAAGGAGACUGACGAGGCUUUCCGUUCAAACGCCAUGUCCGCUACCCCGAACUGCAACAGCAUCAUCACUCCCCAGUGUCUCAAGGACAUUUACAAUGUCAGCGACUACAAGGCCAGCAGCACCAUCGGAAACAAGGUCGGGUUUGCCAGCUACCUGGAGGAGUAUGCACGCUACUCUGAUCUGCAACUAUUUGAGAAAAAUGUUGCGCCCUCUGCCGCGGGCCAGAACUUCACCGUUGUCCAGUAUAACGGCGGUGGUAAUGAUCAACAUGCGAGCUCUGACAGCAGCGAGGCGAAUCUCGACUUGCAGUACAUCGUUGGAGUCAGCUCUCCUGUUCCCGUUACCGAGUUUAGCGUUGGCGGUCGUGGUCUACUUGUUCCCGACCUCGACCAGCCAGACCCAAAUGAUAACAACAACGAGCCGUACCUUGAGUUCCUCCAGAACGUGCUCAAGUUGGACAGCAAGGACCUUCCCUAUGUUAUUUCCACCUCUUACGGUGAGGACGAGCAGAGCGUUCCCGCGACAUACGCCCGCACCGUUUGCAACAUGUUCUCACAGCUUGGCAGCCGUGGUGUCUCCGUCAUCUUCUCAUCUGGCGACUCCGGCGUUGGCGCCGCGUGCCAGACAAACGACGGCAAGAACACGACCCACUUCCCACCCCAGUUCCCUGCCGCCUGCCCAUGGGUGACCUCAGUUGGCGCGACAACCCACACCGCACCCGAGAAGGCCGUAUACUUCUCGUCCGGCGGCUUCUCCGAUCUCUGGGACCGCCCAACGUGGCAAGAUGACGCCGUGGAAGCGUAUCUCGGCACCCUGGGUGACACCUGGUCCGGCCUCUUCAACCCUGCCGGUCGCGCCUUCCCCGAUGUCACAGCCCAAGGCCAAAACUACGCUAUCUACAAUAAGGGCUCGUUGACCAGCGUCGACGGUACCUCCUGCUCGGCACCUGCCUUUGCUGGAAUCAUCGCCCUCCUCAACGACGCCCGCAUUAAGGCCAGCCAAGCGCCCAUGGGAUUCCUCAAUCCCUGGCUGUACUCGACCGGCCGCAGUGGCCUGAAGGAUAUUGUCGAUGGCAGCAGCACGGGUUGCGAUGGAAACGGUCGUUUCGGCGGUGCUAGUAACGGUGGGCCGGCCGUUCCAGGUGCUAGCUGGAACGCUACUAAGGGCUGGGACCCUGUUUCUGGUCUUGGAUCGCCUAACUUUGGUAUCAUGCGCGAGCUUGCGAUCGCUAAGUAG